UGAUUUUUUAUGUCCACCACGUUUGUAAAUAUUACUAUUAAAUAUCAUUAUUGGAAUAAUGGAUACAGUUUAUUUACACCACAUAGAUAAUUUUUUACUUUCUUAAAGUAAACAUGUGCACUUCAAGAAAUUUAUCAUAGUUCUAGAUAAUGAACUAUUUUUUAGGUUACAUUAAUAUCUGAACUGAACAUUGCAUAAUUAAAUUGAUCUGCAUUGUCUGUUACAGAAACUGUAGAAAUGAUGCAGAACGUAGACUCGUGUUGAGAAAAUAUAGACUAAUAAUAUUUAAUUUAUCCAAAAUCAGUUUUUUAAUAUACCAUGGAUUUAUUAUUAAAGCUUCCAAAUGACAAAUGAAUCAAAAGUUGAAUUGAAAAUUGAUCGAUGCACUUAUGAAAAAAGGAUAGCUAUAUAGUCAUAUAUAUAUAUACGUAUGCGUACUUGAAGGUUCAUAAUAAUCUGAGCUGGUGGAUGAAUAAGCGUGAAUUCUUCUCUGCGUUGUCCACUAUCGCAGCACUCUUAUGUCUUAUCGAUAAUGUAUGCGUGCCUGGAAUGCCCAAGCGUAUAUAUAUACAAAUACACGCAGAACUGAAGUGGCUUUUAGUCUCUUACAUGCUACUGCUUUGAAAUGAAGCUUAAAUUUACUUUACUACUCGUUAUCAAACUUUGCUGGGCUAUCAAUUUAUACAAAGAUGAGGAACUUCAAUUUCGAUGCGGCUACGAAACCUGUACGAAAAGUGAUACCGACAAAUUAAACAUCCAUUUUGUGUCCCACUCGCACGAUGAUGUUGGCUGGCUGAAAACGGUCGACCAAUAUUAUUUUGGUGGUCGCAUGAACAUUCAAGUGGCUGGCGUGCAGUACAUCAUUGAUAGCGUUGUCGAUUCGCUUUUAAAAGAUUCUAACCGAAGAUUUAUUCAAGUAGAAACCGCAUUUUUGUGGAAAUGGUGGCAGCGUCAAGAUGACGAAAGGAAACAAGCCAUGAGAAAUCUGAUAAACGAGGGCCGUCUCGAGAUCAUUGGCGGAGGUUGGAGUAUGAACGAUGAGGCUGCUACUCAUUACCAGUCCUUAAUCGACCAAUACACAUGGGGUUUCAGACGCCUCAACGACACUUUUGGUGAAUGCGCUCGUCCCAAGAUCGGUUGGCAGAUUGAUCCGUUUGGCCAUUCCCGCGAACAAGCAUCGAUUUUCGCUCAGCUUGGUUUUGACGGCAUGUUAUUGAACCGUAUCGAUUACCAAGAUAAAGAGCAGCGACUCCAAAAUAAAACCAUGGAAUUUAUCUGGGAAGCAAAUCCGAGUUUGGGUCAGCGCGGAAAUUUAUUUACGACGGUAUUAUACAAUCAUUACUCAGCACCUCCAGGAUUUUGUUUCGAUAUUCUGUGCCGUGACGAGCCGAUGAUAGAUGAUACCGAGAGUCCAGACUUUAACAUCGAUAAAAAGGUUAAAGCAUUUUUGGAGUUCGCUGACAAGCAAGCAAUAGCAUACCAAACGAAUAAUAUAAUAAUAACAAUGGGCGGUGAUUUUAAUUACUUGAAUGCGGAAAUGUAUUUUACUAAUUUAGAUAAAUUGAUUAGUGGAAUAAACAAACUAAAUGGUAAACAAUAUAAAGCUUUCUAUUCAACACCAUCAUGCUACUUGAAAGCUGUAAAUGAGCAAAACUUGACUUGGCCGACGAAAAACGACGAUUUCUUUCCAUAUGCCAGCGAUUUUCACUCUUUUUGGACGGGCUACUUCACAUCCAGGCCCGCUCUUAAGUUCUUCGAGAGGAUGGGAAACAACUUUUUGCAGGUGGUUAAACAAUUGUCGUCUCUAAGCAAAACAGUCGACAGUUACGAGUUACAACUAUUUCGUGAAGCCAUGGGUGUGAUGCAGCACCACGACGCUGUGUCCGGUACGGAAAAGCAACAUGUAGCUGAAGAUUACGCUCGACUUUUACAUCACAGCGUGAAAAACGGAGAACGACUAGCUUCUGAUGCCUUACGCAAACUGAUGAGCAAGAAUAAUACUAACAAUAACAAACUAGUACUUCAUUCAUGUCUCUUAUUCAACAUCAGCUCGUGCGAAUAUACGAGUGCUAAUUCGAAAUUCGUCGUGACAGUAUAUAAUCCGACAAGUCAACCGCUUAAUACAUACGUUCGUGUGCCAGUUCAACAAUUGCAAUAUAGCGUCAAAGAUUUUAAUGGAAAAAUACUCUUGAAUCAAAUUUUACCAAUACCGGAACAAGUUCAAAAGAUUCCUGGAAGAUUAAGCCCAGCUACGCAUGAAUUAGUUUUUCAAGCGCACAAUAUUUCUGCUCUUGGUUAUCAGUCUUUUUAUGUGAGUAUGAAAUUUAGCAGAUCCAGUGAGGUCGAAUUCAAUCAAUACAAUGAACAAUUCAUCAAUAGACAGCAAUAUAAGAUUUUUGUCAAUCAACAUGGUAGAGUGUCGGUCGAAACGCCGACCGACAUCAAAUACGAACAGUCCUUUCAAUACUACGAAGGUAUUGAAGGUAACAAUCGUGUGCCGAUUAAUCGAUCCUCGGGUGCCUAUAUUUUUAGACCAAGACAUGAUCACGCUAAAGCCAUGCCCUUCACAGGAAACUCUGUCUCAGUUUUCAAAGGACCAUUAGUUCAAGAGAUUCAUCAAGUAAUUAAUAAAUGGACGAGCCAGGUUGUCCGAUUAUACAACGACGAGGAACACGUAGAGUUCGAGUGGCUGGUUGGGCCAAUUCCUAUCGAAGAUAAAAUUGGUAAGGAAGUUACCAUAAAGUAUUCUAGUAACUUGAAGAACAAUGAUGAGUUCUAUACUGAUAGUAACGGACGUGGGAUGCUCAAACGCAAACUCAAUUAUAGAUCGACUUGGAAACUGAAACUUAACGAAACAAUCUCUGGUAAUUACUAUCCAAUCAAUUCUAAAAUUAGUAUUAUGGAUCAGCAAAAAAAUCGUCGCCUAAGUGUCCUUAAUGAUCGCGCUCAGGGUGGAACGAGUUUGAAAGAGGGAGACAUUGAACUAAUGAUUCAUCGAAGACUUCUGCACGACGACGCUUUUGGAGUUGACGAGGCGCUAAACGAAACCGCCUACGGUCAAGGGUUGGUAGUUCGAGGUCGGCAUAUUCUCAUUGCUGGUAGCUUAUUGAAUUAUAAUGAACUCAUCUUACUGGAGAAAGAAGAAACGAUCAGGCUGUCUUUACGUCCAUGGCUAUUCAUAUCACCAACAACAUACUCUUUUGAGCAAUGGAAACAGCAUUAUAACAUGAAGAGCAGAGAUAGCGUUAUUGGCAAACUACCGAAAAAUAUUAGAAUACUUAGUCUUGAACCGUGGAAGGAUCAACAUAUUUUGCUUCGACUCGAACACAUUUUCGAAGCAACUGAUUCGUCCAAGUAUUCCGUUCCUACUACUGUUGAUUUCAACCUACUCUUCCCCGACAUUGAUGUAUUCGCUACUGAGAUGACGCUUGGAGCUAAUCAACAAAUAGAUAAUAAUGUACGAUUAGAAUGGAAUGCUCAAAAUAAUGAAAUUCCUAACGCUGGAAAGCAAUCAGACAAUACCAAUAUGAGAUUCAUCAGACGAGUGAUCAUGAAGCCAAUGGAAAUUAGGACAUUUGUCAUACGAAUGUCUCCUCGCAUGAAAGCCAGAUCGUGAAAUACUUGUUUUCAUUCAUCUUCAUGAAUUUAAUAAGUAAACAUUGUAAAACUUAUGAAUGAAAUUUUAUUUUUUCAUUAUUGCUUAAAAAUAUUAUAAUUUCUAUACUAUAACAAACUCAACUUAUGGUUACUCCUUUCCUUUACUCCACCAAAUUUAAUUCCAGUCAUGACACGACUUAAGAUAUAUAAUAUCAUUGA